AUGAGUAUUAACAUCACAGUGUCUGUCGAAGAUUCCCGAUAUAACAUUCCAGUAAUAGGACUAGGGACACCAUAUUUCUAUCUCAUUCACAUUUUGACUCUUUUUUGUACAAUAUGUAGCAUCACAUCUGCAGUUAUUAUUCUUGUGAUAUCCUUUCGGUCUAAAACUGCACGCACUUUUUUCAAAUCAUGGUCGAAAUGCGAACGUUUUAUUGUUUAUUUGGCUCUUUGUGAUGGUUUCCCAAGCCUAGUAGCGUUUAUGGAUCACAUUCAAGUGACCAUCGCUAAAGACCAUGUCCAUCCAAUUGAGCUGUGCGAAUUCUAUGGUUUCAUCAUAUUUCUCUUUUGUGCCGCUCAAAUGCUCCUUGUAUCUCUCAUUGCAAUUAAUACAUUUGCUCUCAUGGAAUUCCGUAAAAAUACUGAUCUUGGAAAAUGUGAUUGGAAACUUCAUUUCCUAAUAUUUGGCUUCCCGUUUUUUGGUUGCCUUGGUGUAACUUUUGCAGAUGAUAUCGGACCCAUGGGAGCCAUGUGUGGAGUGGUAGGAAAAAUCUCCUGCCUGUUUUUCUCUGCGAUACCGAUACUGGUUAUAAUGACACUUAACACUGUUCUUUACACACUUACUUGGUACAAAAUCAGAAUGGAGACGAAAAGAAUAAAUGGCACCAUUGAUAGCAAAUGUCCAGACAAGAAAGCCACUCAGGCCGCCAGGACAAUGUCUCUAUUUGUGUUUCUCAUCAAGUGGUGGGCAGUGGCAGUUUAUGGAACCUGGAAAGUUGCUGUCGAUGAUGUACCUGUAGAAAUGCUUAUUAUUGCCAUGAUGUUCGCUAAUACGGGGGUGUUUUGA